CUCAUCGAACGUAAGACACACCGAGAUCGAUAUGCGGAACGUACGUCUGCAGCUGGACAAGCAAGUCGAAAGCUCGGCGCCAUUUUCCGCAACUGCUACGUCGGAGCCAAGUUCCUGGAAUGAUGGAGAGCCUCCAGCUCCCCCACUGUCCUUGUCCAUCUCGCUUCGAGGCUUAAUGGCCGAUGCUGAGGCUCUUCAUGACGGAGUAGACUUUGCGAACUUCGUCCAUAUCGUCGAGUCUCCACAACUGCAAAUGCAAUGGAAGCGCGUUGAACAGUCUUCGUCCUUCACGCUGCUAAAACGCGAUGACGAGGUACUAGCGCUGGCUCGACUGGAUGCAAAUAUCGAGGAGGUGGCGAGCGUCUUAGGAGCUACAACUGAUCAGCUACAUUCUGCCACGAUGCAGGGACUAUACGAUGACGCCUUCAUCGCCGGUACCGUGGCCUACGUUGAACGUCCACACACCGACGAGAGUGACCAAGCGUUCCAACAAUUGGCGGUCAAAACGUCGAACUUCGUGCACUCGAGGCUACUGGGCAAGAAUGAGCAGUGGUGCUUUGGUGAGACCCUACGCAGCAAGCCGGAAGGCGACAGCUUCACGAUCACGCAGAGUUCGCUGGAAACUGAUCAGUCGCAGUCGCUACCAGCUCGACUGGCGUUGAAAGAUACUAAGCGGCGUGUUGCUCAGCUUCGUGACGUUAGCACAGCGUAUCUAGUGGAAAGGACGACCGACAAUCAGCGUCUGCGUAUCACCUUCCACGCUCUUUAUAAGCCUGCCGGUACAACGGCGACGGAUGGGCCAGUGGUGGCACGCAGAGCUGUUCGAGCUCGUCUGUUGCGUCUCGCACGCGGCACUUCGGAGCUCUCCCAGGUCGUCCGUCGCCGUCGAUUUGGAGUCCAAGUGUUCGCAGACCACUCGGCUUUUCACGUUCGCAACCCUCGAUGCACGUGCUGCACGCGCAAAUUCACGCCCAUUAUCAACCUCAUCCCACGCACGCGUUGCUAUCUGUGUGGCUACUACGUCUGUGUGUCCUGCGCAUCGUCUGAAAAGAUGGAGACGUACAAUGGUCGAGUAGCGAUGAUCAUGGUCUGCACUCGCUGUGUUAAGAGCGUAGUCGCCUGCAACUACGAGCACAUGUUGAGUGUGAGACCCGGACCGGAGCAUGUGCUUCCUGAUGAAAUGUCCACCCCUCGCUCCACACGCACCUUUGAUACGUCCAGCACGGCCAAUUCGGAGUUGUCGGGGCUCACAGAAUCCUCGUCCAGCCAAAAACUCGGAGAUCUAUUGACUCAAGUUGUAUGUGACGACUCGGAUCAAGUCACUACUGGGCAGCGUCGCGCCGCAUUUUUGGUUCUCGAGCAGCUUCUACUUAUUGGUCAAGAGGAAGCACAGACUCAAGCUGAUAAAAACGCACAGCUUCUCAAUGCUGCGAGUGAGCGUCACCAACCUAGCGAAGCGGCCAAACAAGCCUUAGAUGUUUCGAAAUGUCCUAAGAAUCUGGAUGCGUGUAAGUUUGCAAGUGCUAAUUCUCGCCCGUACCCGAUGAUGCCGGCCCUGGUCCAGACUGAAGAAGAGGCGAAGGAGGCUGAGCCUGAACCAAUUAUCUACCCCAUCCCAGCCAACGAAGACGAACGAUUGGCGGCUAUCGAGCACUUCCGCCUUCACGACGUUGCCAAUGUUUCAGAACUGAACGUGAUUUGCUCG